AUGACUCGAAAGAAAAGAAUUCGAGAGGAAAAUUUGUCAGCUGCAUCGUCUGAUCAACAUGGGUGCAGUGGUCCCUCCAUGAAUGCUUCUGUUAGCAGAGGACCGGAUGGUGCCAAUGCAUCAAAUGACUGUGCUAAGUCUUCAUCUGCAAGAGGAAUCGAUGCUCUCAGUAUAUCGUCUGCAUAUGUAGAUGUUGGAGAUAUGACAAACGUUUGUAUUGAUUGUCAUGCAUUGUUUUGGUUGCAAGAGUCCAAAUUUAUUCGAAGGAAUGGAAGUCCGGUCUAUACAGGCUGCUGCCAGGAAGGUCGGAUUAGGCUCCCGCCUGUUAGACCUGCUCCAGUUUUUUUAGAAUACUUGCUUGAUUCCACUAAUGGUCAAAAGAGUGUAGAGUUUAGAAACAAUAUUCGGAGUUAUAACACUAUGUUUGCAUUUACUUCAAUGGGAGCUAAUGUAGACAAGACGGUGACUGAUGGUCAUGGUCCUUAUGUUUUUAAAAUUAGUGGACAGGUAUACCAUCUUAUGGGUUCACUUAUUCCUCCAGAAGGUGAGUGCCCUAAGUUUGCACAAUUAUACAUUUAUGAUACUGAGAAUGAAGUUGCAAAUCGACAAAAAGCUGUUGACGGUUUAGACUCGGAAAUUGUUACUAGAUUGAUUGAUAUGCUUGAUGAAAGCAAUGAAUUGGUUCAGUAUUUUCGUUCUGUUCGAAAUAAGUAUAAUGAAAGAUCUUUGCGUUGCUUAAACUUGACAAUUCUUGACAAUGAAAGAAUAGGAGAUAGGGAAUACGAUGUGCCAAGUAGUAGUGAAGUUGCUGGCUUGAUUGUUGGUGACAUUGGGUUGUAUGAAGCGGAUAGAGAUGUAGUUGUCGAUACAUUUGAAAAUGGUUUGCAGCGAGUAUCAAGAUUACAUCCAAAAUUCAUGUCAUUUCAAUAUCCAGUACUCUUCCCUUAUGGGGAGGAUGGAUAUCAUUUUUUGGUUGAUGCCUAUGCAAAUGUUGAAGAAAACCGUUUGUUUUAUAUCAGAAAAAAUCAACCCGAUAUUAGGAGCGAGACUUAUGAGGGCAUAUGUGAUGCUUCAAUAAGAGGACAUGAUGGUGAAAAUGUAGGCAAAAGAAUUAUUUUACCAAGCACUCAUACGGGAAGUCCGCGGUAUAUGAACAAACAUUACCAUGAUGCUAUGACUUUGUGUCGGAAGUAUGGCCCUCCUGAUUUGUUUAUAAUAGUUACUUGCAAUCCAAAAUGGCCUGAAAUUGAAAGAGCAUUAUUGAACAAACAUGGUAGCAAACUUGAGGAUCGCCCAGAUAUUGUUGCAAGAAUUUUUAAGAUGAAACAUGAUGAUCUUAUUAGUUACGUUAAAUCUGGCAAGCCAUUUUUGAAGGCUAUUGCAGAUGUUGCGACAAUUGAGUUCCAAAAACGGGGAUUACCUCACUCUCACAUGUUAUUUUGGUUGGCUGAAAAUAACAAGUGUUAUUCGGCUGCUGACAUUGAUUCAAUAAUCUCUGCUGAACUACCUGAUAAGCAGGUCAAUCCAACUUUAUAUGAUAUUGUGAAUCAAUUUAUGAUCCAUGGUCCAUGUGGUGUGCUGAAUCCUAAAGCUCCAUGUAUGAAAGAAAAUAAACGCAAAAAAUCAUUUCCGAAAGAAUACACGAAAAACACAUUCUUUGCAGCUAAUGCAUUUCCCAUGUAUAUGCGCCGUGAUGAUGAUUCUAAAUUUGUCAUGAAAAAAAAUGUGACAGUAGAAAACCACUUUGUUGUUCCUUACAAUGCUGAACUUUUGUUAAGAUAUCAUGCGCAUAUAAAUGUUGAAUCAUGUUCUCAGUCAACGUUGAUAAAAUAUUUGUUCAAGUAUAUAAGCAAAGGUCCUGACCGAGCAAGAGUUGGUAUUCAAUCUGAUUUAAAUGAUGAAAUUGCAGCGUAUUUAAACUGCAGAUAUAUAUCUCCACCUGAAGCUGCAUGGAGAUUGCUUGAAUAUCCAAUUCAUUCUCGGCACCCACCUGUUGAAUUGUUGAAGAUACAUUUACCAGGACAACAAACCAUUGUUUUUGGUCAAAAUCAACCGUUAACCUCAGUCAUUGCAAGACAAGGAUUAGACGAUACUAUGCUCACGUCAUGGUUUCAUGCAAAUGCAAACGCAGAGACAAAGGAUAUAGCAAAUAGGUUGACAUUUGCAGAGUUUCCUUCUGCCUUUGUGUAG